GCGCCGCCGACAACGGGUCUGGCGUCGCGUGCUUCGCCUUCGUGCUCAUCUAUGCGAUCGCCAAUGCGUGGCUCGUCGUCUUCGACGCCGCCGUCGAGGCGAUCUUCCUCUGCUUCCUGGUCGACCAGGCGGAGAACGACGGCGAGACGAGGCCGUACUACGCUUCGGCGGCGCUGCGCAGCUACAUGGAGGCGCACAGGCCAACCUACGUGCUGCCGUCGAUGAGCUUAGACGACGACGAGCUGUCGCACGCCAUCCAACAGAUGGGUGGACUUGACUCGCUCGAGCCGCCGCCGCCGAUGCGCGCCGUCGCCGGGUGACCUCGGGUCGCCUGGGGCGAUCUCUCGCCUGGGGCGAUCUCGGUCAAUCUUGCGGUCGCCGGGUGAGCGGCGCGCGCGUUGUCUGCGGCGCGGUUUCCCUUGCCGCCCACGGCUAUGCUGCAGCUGCUGCUGUUGGCUCUUCUGUUGCUGUUGCUGCUUCGCCAGUGGCUCAGGUGCUCGCUCGGCGCCCACCGUUACGGAAUCCCUGUGGCAUGGUGCGCGUACCUGACCCGCGGAGGGGCUGCCUUCGGUUUGUCUAUUGACGGCGCCGGCGGCCGCAUCUCGCUCUGCUCUGACCACUAUACUUUCGGAGUCCGCCCGCUCGCUCCGGACUGACUUCCUUGGAAGGUGUAAUUUAUUCGAUAUAUAUCGACGAACCUUCUGAAGU